GUCAACAUCCACCUCUCUUAAGCCUCGACCACUCGCUCCCCACACCAACUCCAACACCAUCUUCCUUCUCCGUAUUGAUAACCUCGUCUGAAACAAGACACGACUACACAUCCCGCACACUUCCAAACAUGGCCACCGCACCUUCCCAGAACUACGACUACCUCCGGCGCAAGCAGAGCACAAAGGCGCCCGUUUCAUCAAUCACACCAGUCCGCAGCCACGCCCGCACACCGAGUGAGCGCAACAGCAAUGGCACCGUCAGCUCCUAUGGCACCACCAACACGCGCGACACAGCCAUCACCGAACCACCAGCCUAUUCCAAGAAGCUCGUUGUUGUUGGUGACGGUGGAUGCGGAAAGACAUGUUUGUUGAUCAGCUACAGCUCCGGCAACUUCCCAGAGAAAUAUGUACCAACGGUCUUCGAGAACUACAUCACCCACACUCCUCAUCCUCCAACGGGCAAGAUGGUCGAACUUGCUCUGUGGGAUACCGCAGGACAAGAGGAGUACGACAGGUUGCGGCCGCUCUCUUACCCAGAGACAGAUGUCAUUUUCGUUUGCUUUGCGAUUGACUGCCCCAACUCACUAGAAAACGUCAUGGACAAGUGGUACCCAGAAGUUCUCCACUUCUGCCCAACAACUCCCCUCAUGCUUUUGGGCCUCAAGUCCGACUUGCGCAACAAGAAGAACUGCAUCGAGCUACUCAAGACACAAGGCCUGACGCCCGUCACAUCGGAGCAAGGUCGUGCGGUUGCGAAGAAGAUGGGCGCUGCCUACAUGGAGUGCAGUAGUAAAGAACAAGACGGUGUAGAGGAGAUCUUCGACAUGGCUGUCACAAUGGCCGUCGGCGAGGAGCACAAGGAGCAAGAAGAGCGCCGUGUCGGCACAGCGACCUCAUCAAGAGGGAACACGUCGUCGUUCCCUGCUGGGGGCGGUAAGAAGAAGAAGCGCAGCGGCUGCAAGGUCCUAUAGUUUGUUUGUGUCUAUCGAGAGGAGAGCAUAUCGAGAUUCACGACGCUGGACGACACGAUCAAGAUGUUUAAUGACAUACGGCUCACCUCCAUCACUGUCCGGGCAUAUUCGCUUCCUCUUAAUCGUAGGGAAGUCUUCAUAUGUACAUGGUCGCCUGGCGUUUGGGUUUCCUUUUGGCAUGAGAACGGACGCAGCGAUUCCAUAGUCCACGUAGCAGCAUUUUCUUUCCUGUAUCUGUAUUCGGUAUUUUGUAUGUACGCAUGGCGCGAGGGCGAUCAAAU